CCAGAGACCUUGGGAGUAGAACCUGAAAGAGGGAGCGAGGAGACACCUAGGGCCAAGAAGAAAGAACCCUUGCGAAGAAAGAAAAGUCCAGUCGAGAUGAACAGAUGGUCCAGUUACCUGUUGGGAUGCACGGCCUUCAUCCUCUACUCCUACGAAACAAGUGGAGAUACUAAAGAUUCCUGUGUCUUUCCCUUCAACUACAAGGGUUUUACUUAUUUCUCUUGCACCAGAACCAACAGCCUCUCCCCUUGGUGUGCGACCAGAGCUGUUUAUGAUGGACAGUGGAAGUACUGCUUGAUAGAAGAUUACCCACGGUGUGUCUUCCCCUUCAUCUAUCGGGGAAGGUCCCACAGGAACUGCAUCGUGGAAGGCAGCUUCUUCGGAAAGCUGUGGUGCUCAGUGACCUCCAGCUUUGAUGAGAAGCAGCAGUGGAAAUACUGUGAGAUAAACGGAAUUUCCUCCCUGGUUCCUGGCUUUCCCUGCCAUUUCCCAUUCAACUACAAAAACAAGAAUUAUUUUAAUUGCACCACCAAAGGAUCCAAGGAGAACCUCUUAUGGUGUGCCACCUCUUACAACUACGACCAGGACCACACCUGGGUGUAUUGCUGAUGCAGAGGGAGGGAGACACAUCAUCAGGGGGAGGCUGACUGACGUGUUCAGUCUGGAACCUGCUUCACCGUUUUCAUUACAUCUUUCAAGCUUAGGAUAAUCACCUUUAGAAAGACGCUGUCCACCGGCUCGCUUACUCACCGGGUCCUCUGUGAAGUGAAAAUGUGGCACCGCCAUCAAUCAAGGAAAAUUAACUCUGGGGCUGCCUUUCUUUUCUGCCUCCUAGAAUGAGCCCACAUGACUGGUCGCAUGGUGGGGAGAUCAGAUUCUCUGCCCAGGGGCCCUAGGAAGUAAUUGCAGCCUGCCAUCUCUUUCUGGGAAACCACCGAUUCAGGUGGAGCAUCUGUAGAUACUUAUUACAUCAUUAAUAAAUAACUUAGUAAGUCAACGGAGGGUACAGAAUUCAUUGCAAGACUGCCUCAGCUAUCUCCUGUGCCACACCCAUGACAGACAUCAACAAUCGAUGACAGAAUCUGUUUCCCUGGGAGCCCAGAUGCAACCUCACGUUGUUCUUCUCCCCUCCAUCCUCUUCUUGCUUCUUCUCUUCCUCCUCUUCCUGCACUUUUCCCUCCUGCUCCUCCUCCCUCUGUCCUCCAUCUCUCUUGUAAAAUCCUCCGAGCAACUACUUCCAUGGCCCAUCGCUACCACCAGUCAUCAGGAACAGAUUUUCACUGUUCCGCUUUCAGCUCCAAUCUGAUUGUCAGAUUAAAAUGAUGUUGCAGGAGUUCCCGGCGUGGCUCAGUGCUUAACGAAUCCGACUAAG